GGGGGAUAUUAAAUGGAAAAUAGGUGUCUUGUAAAGCGCUUGCAUUUUCUCUUGGAAAAUGCCAUUGAGACUUGAGAGGGUUCUCCCAUUCCCAUCUACCAAGAAAAAGCAAAACCAGACACACACCUCUGCUAAUCAUCUUCAUUCAUCCAUUCUUUUCAUGAACUUCCCCCAACAUUUUUCCUAAUUUUCUCCCUCACACCCAUCACCAGACCAACAAUCUCUCUCUUCUUUUUCUGUAUCUCCUCCAUUGUUCUACAACAAAUCUCUCUUCCUUAAUUGUUUCCCUUCCCCUCAAUUUCCUUUCUCUUUCUCAUUUUGUAAAGAUUUUUUUUUGAAUCAUGGGAUUUUGAUUUGCUUUUGUGUUCAUCAAACCCUAAAUCUUCUUCUUCUUCGUCUUCUUCUUUCCUCUGUUUUUGGGUUUCUUUCUUUUCUGUGUUGAGACAUUGCUCUGUUCUGGGAUUUUUGGCUUUCUUAACGUUUGUUCUGCCUGACCCAUUUUGUUUUCUUCCUUUUCCGUUUGUGGGUUUCUUUCAAAUUGGUGUUUUUCAGCUUUCCCAUGUUAUUCAUCGGGAGAACUCAGAUUUUUGCGGAUCUGACAUUCCGUCAAUGUCCUCUGCAAUCUCUACAUUUUCCAUCCUGAAUGUGUUUUGAUUCGUUCAAAUUCAUGGCCGAGACAUAGGGUUCUUUCUCCUUACUAUUUUGGGUCUGUAGUGAUCAAUUUUUCCCUUCUGGGUUUGAUCUUAGCCUUGAAUCGAUUUUUCUUCACAAUGCUCAAGCAGAUCCUUAGCAAGCUUCCUCGAAAGUCAUCUGACUCGUCCGAUUCACCAAGGACGCCACGGUCUUCGUCGAACCGUUCAAGUCCGAGAAGUAGUUCUACGUCCUCUGGCCAUGGGACCCCAAGAUCGAGCGGUGGAGCAUCUGCCUCUGGGCGGUCUAAUGCUACUAAGAAAACUUCUUCUGCAGUCUUCCCUGCGAGCCUUGUGGCUGGAAUCGAGCCGCUGGUGCCUUUCAAAGAUGUGCCUUCUUCUGAGAAGAUGAACCUCUUUGUGAGUAAACUGAGCCUUUGUUGUGUUACCUUUGAUUUCACCGACCCCAGUAAGAAUUCCAUUGAAAAAGGUGUUAAAAGACAAACGUUGCUUGAACUUGUGGAUUUUGUUGGAGCUGGGACUAUGAAAUUCAACGAACCUGCAAUUCAUGCUUUGUGUAAAAUGUGUGGUGUUAAUCUGUUUAGAGUUUUUCCACCGAAUUAUCGAGCUAACAUGAUUGGUGGUGGUGGUGGUGAAAAUGAUGAUGAUGAGCCUACGUUUGAUCCUGCUUGGCCACAUUUGCAGCUAGUGUAUGAUUUGCUACUUAAGUUUAUACAUUCUUCAUUUGUUGAUGCUAAGGUUGCAAAGAAGUAUAUGGAUCAUUCGUUUAUCUUAAAACUGUUGGAGUUGUUUGAUUCAGAAGAUCCCAGAGAGAGGGAAUGUUUAAAAACGAUUCUACAUAGGAUAUAUGGGAAGUUCAUGGUUCACCGGCCGUUUAUUCGAAAGUCUAUCAACAAUAUAUUUUAUCGGUUCGUAUCCGAAACCGAAAGACAUAAUGGUAUUGCUGAGUUACUGGAGAUAUUUGGAAGUAUAAUCAGUGGGUUUGCAUUACCUCUUAAAGAGGAACACAAAAUCUUCUUGUGGAGGGUUUUGAUUCCUCUGCAUAAACCGAAAUCUAUUGGUGCCUACUUCCAACAACUUUCGUACUGCAUUACGCAGUUCGUAGAGAAGGAACCGAAGUUAGCGAGUGUUGUGGUUAAAGGACUGUUGAAAUAUUGGCCGAUAACAAGUAGUCAGAAAGAGGUGAUGUUUCUGGGUGAGUUAGAGGAGAUCUUGGAAACAGUUAACAUGGUGGAAUUCCAGAAAGUCAUGGUUCCCUUGUUCUGGCGAAUAGGAUGCUGCAUUAACAGUUCCCACUUUCAGGUAGCUGAAAGGUCCCUUUUCUUGUGGAACAACGACCACAUCGUGAACUUGAUCGGGCACAAUCGACAUGUGAUAUUGCCCAUCAUACUCCCCGCGUUAGAAAGGAAUGCACAAAGCCAUUGGAACCAAGCAGUGGUGAACCUAACCCUUAAUGUUAGAAAGAUGUUCAUGGAGAUGGAUGAUGACCUAUUCGUAUCCUGCCAUGCACAUUUCAAGGAAGAAGAAGUGAAAGAAACGUUAGAAGCGAAGAAACGGAAGCAGAUAUGGGAGCAACUCGAGAAUGCAGCAGCGAAUGUGCAACCAAUGGUGGGGAAAACUGCUGUGCUGGUAACUCCUUUAGCAUCCUCAAUAGCCUGCUGACUGUUGAUGAGUUUGUUUUCCAUUGAUGAGAUGGGGGGGGAAGGAAAGAUGAAAUUCAUUCCCAACAUCAAACUACCAGUCCCACCAUGUUUUCUUUGGUUGUUGUGUGGAAAAUAGCAGAGGGAAUGUGGAUGUGAAAAGAAGGGACAUGUUUGGCUUGGGUUGUGGAUGGGAAUUGGAAUAUGUAAUUUUGGGUUGGUCCUUCUCUGGCAGCCACCUUGUAAUGUUAUAAUGAUGUUGGAUAUGUUUAACUCCUAUUCUGCAAAUUUAUUGGAUCUCUUCCCUUC